AAAUUCCACGUGUAACGUGUGUUGUAAAAUGUCCCAAAAGCAUGGCGUUCUACUCUUUCUUUUAACAUCUCUCACCACCACGACAAGGAAGAAAGAAUCGCUGACGUGGAUGAAUUUUAUUGGCUCCAUUUCCAGAAGUUAGCGUGCACUGACUUCUCAUCUCUCAUAGCGUCAUAGUAUCUUCUCUUCUCUUCUCUUCUCUUCUUCUACCUAGGGUUUGCUUCCUCCUCUCUCUUUCUUCCUUCUCCCUCUUUUCUUAGUCGCCGGCCGGUCCUUUAGCUUCACCGGAAACUCAAUUUUCCGGUCAUUUUCCCGGCCACCGUUACUCCGAGCUGCGUUUUUUCGAUUAAUUCGUCUUCACUUUGAAGUCAACAUAAUUUCACAGCAGAGUGUUUCAAAUUGAACUUGCUAGCUUCUAUCUUCUAUCUUUUCGAAGGGAAUAGAAUAUGGCAAGUCAAAGUGGUGCGUCUCGAAGGAGCAUAACGUCUGUUAGAAAAUCCAUUGAUCAUGGAGCUUCUCAAUCUAAUGCUCGAAAGUCUCUUUCUUCUUCGCGUCCCUUGGGACUGACGGCAGAGCGGACAGUAAAAUCAUUGCGUCUUUCAAAGGCUCUAACAGUACCUGAAACAACAACCAUCUAUGAAGCUUGUCGUCGCAUGGCUGCUCGCAGAUUAGAUGCUAUAUUACUCACUGAUUCAAAUGCUUUGCUCUGUGGGAUCCUUACAGACAAGGACAUAACAAAAAGAGCUAUUGCCUCAGAGCUUAGUCUUGAAGACACACCUGUUUCUAAGAUUAUGACAAAGAAUCCAGUAUUUGUCCUUUCUGAAACUCUUGCAGUGGAAGCCCUCCAAAAGAUGGUGCAAGGCAAAUUCAGACAUUUACCUGUGGUGGACAAUGGAGAAGUUGUUGCCAUACUUGAUAUAGCAAAGUGCUUGUAUGAUGCUAUUGCUCGUAUGGAACGGGCAGCUGAGAAAGGAAAAGCAAUUGCAGCAGCUGUUGAGGGUGUUGAAAAACAAUGGGGAUCAUCUACUGCGGUCAAUUCAACAUUCAUUGAGACUAUUCGGGAACAGAUAUUUAAGCCAUCAUUGUCUACGAUCAUUCCUGAGAAUUUAAAGGUUGUAACAGUUUCACCAACAGAUUCUGUUUUGACAACUACGAAGAAGAUGGUUGAACUUCAUUCAAGUUCUGCUGUUGUGACAGUUGAUGGCAAACCUCGCGGCAUCCUUACUUCCAAGGAUAUAUUGAUGCGGGUAGUUGCGCAAAAUCUUCCUCCAGUUUCAACUCCUGUUGAGAAGGUGAUGACUCCUAAUCCAGAAUGUGCAGUUAUUGAUACACCAAUAGUAGAUGCACUUCACACUAUGCAUGAUGGGAAAUUUUUGCAUCUUCCUGUGGUUGAUAGAGAUGGUGGGGUAGUUGCGGUGGUUGAUGUGAUUCAUGUCACGCAUGCUGCUGUUGCAACAGCAAGUCAGGUUGGAAACAAUGAAGCUGCCAGCACCAUGAUGCAAAGAUUCUGGGAUUCGGCCAUGGCCUUGACUCAAAAUGAUGAUGAUGACGAAACACGAAGUGACAGUUCCUUGAAAUUUGCUUCAGAAGGAGGGGAAAAUACAAGAUAGGAAGGGCAGAAUGCAUAGAUUCACAUGUGAUACACGGAGCAUGACAGAGGUUAUAACUUCAAUCCUUCAGAGACUUGGUGAUGAUAUUGACCCCAAUAAUCUACCCCAAAUUCUGUAUGAAGACGAAGAUCAUGAUAAAGUCAUAUUGGCUUCAGACAGUGAUCUUGCAGCAGCUGUAGACCAUGCAAGGACAACUGGCAUGAAGGGAUUGAGAUUGUACUUAGACUACUCUGGAACCGGAACCGGAACAGGAACAGGAACAGAAAAACGCAUUCAUGGGAGAGGUUCUGGUUCAGGGAGUUUGGAUCAUGCUACUAAAGAUGCAUGGGCCUCAGCAUACAGUACCUAUGCUGCUGGAGCUGCACUUGUUGCAGGCUUAGGCAUAUUAACAUACUUGAAGCGAGUUUGAUCGAAGUUUAGUGGCUACGCCAAGCUGAAGCCAUGCACAUCCGCUAGCUCCAAAAUUUUGUAUUACUGAAAACCAUUUAUAGGUAAAUUUUUUCAACAAAAAAUAAAAGGCAAAAGGUCAAAAGCAUUUUUUUAGCCUUCACUUUGGUUGCAGCAUAGAUCGUUGCUUGUAUAUUUACAAUUUUAGUUUUCUGCAGCGUCAUCAGCCCUGCAUAGUGUACAAGAACAAACGGCAUAACCACAAGUUUGUGUCCAUUUUCUUCCCUCAUCUAUGUGAGUUCAUAAAGUCAAUCACUCAGGAUUGAGUUUGGAGGGGAUGAUGAUUUUUUUUUUCUCUUACAAUAAUGAUCUUGUUUGUACUUUAUCAGUAAAAAGUUUAAUAAGCUGUGUGUAAUGACUAAAUACUAAUGAUAGUGUUACAAAGAUUGAUUGACUUGGUAUAAUUGAGACUUGAUAAUGUAAACUUCCUUUUUCUUACUAAUUAACAUUAUCUUUUACUUCUUGAA